AUGAUGUUACCAGUGAAGACUCGGGCACCCUUGGGGGUUGUAAAGCAAACAGCGGUUGCAGUAUCAAUGGUCAAAAACAAAAUUCUCAACACAUCCUCAUUUUUCAAGGUCUCUUUAAAGACCAACAACAAGGCUUUAGCAGUUGCUCUGGCUAUUGAGAAAGAAAAGAGCCGACAACUGGAGAAGGAGAUCUUUUACCUUCAGAAACAAGUCCAAGGAUUAUGCUUUGAUUUGGCUGCAAGGAAAUUCAAUGAGAGGAAACUGUCUUCCAUACUAAAAAAUAUACAAAGCAAUACUCUAUCUACAAAGAAAAAUCUGGAAAUGGUGGCAGGUCUUUUCAUUUCUGAUAAGGACAGUCCUAAAACUAUUGGCGACCAUCAAAAAAGUAUGUGUAAUUCAGAGGAUGUUCUUUCAAUUUUUGCCAGACAGGCAAGUACUCAAUCACAAAUUCCAAAGGACUUUUCACGACCACCCCGAAAGCCCUCUCAAGAUCCCAACCUACCACUGACUGACCAUGCUGUCAUAGACCACAACAGUAUUCUUGCAGACGCUCCUUCAGUGGCAGGGAGCAGACCAUCCAGCAGCUUGGAGGAGGAUGUGAACCGGCUGUCAGUGAUGUAUGCCCAGCGUGGAUAUGAUGUGAACACUCUCCCAGGUUUCCAAAGCAAAGAUCCGGUGCAGCAAUCCACUUUUAUGGAGUCAGAAAAAGUUGUAAAGACAGCCAGAAGAACGGUGCAGAGUGAGAGUUCUCACAACAAUGACGUCAUAGUGGAUAGAGUUCCAACUCCCCUGGCCAACACCAUUUCACACCCAAGAAUAGAAAAUGACGGACAGACACGCCACACUCGAAGGAAGGAGAAAGUGAGCUACAAGGAGCCCCCCCUCAACAGUAAGCUGAGACGUGGAGACAAGUUUACGGAUACAGAGUUUUUAAGCUCACCCAUUUUUAAGGACAAAAAAAACAAGAAAAAGACCAAAAAAAGGGCUUGA